AUGGGAAAUGAAACUGUCGCAACAGCCUUCUGUCUUUCCUUUUUUGGAGACAUGGGUCAUUCUAGAUAUUUCUUUUUUUUCUUGGCACUUUUAGGGUACUGCAUCAUAAUAUUAUUGAAUUUAAUUCUUGUGCUCAUAAUAUUCCUAGAGAAGCACCUGCAUGAGCCCAUGUACAUAUUUUUGUGUGGACUAUCUGUUAAUUCACUGUACGGAACUGCUGGCUUCUUCCCAAGAUUCUUAGCAGAUCUUCUGUCAGACACUCACACCAUCACUCGUGCUGCCUGCUUCACUCAGGCAUUCAUCAUCUACAGCUAUGCAAUUUCAGAAUUAUCCUUUUUAACAGUGAUGGCCUAUGACAGGUAUGUUGCAAUAACAGAACCUCUGCAGUACAACAUCAUAAUGACCCCCAGGCACAUUUCUGUUCUGAUAGCUGUUUCCUGGCUCUGUUCAGUGUUUUGCAUGGGUCUGCUUAUUAUGUUGUCAGCCAGGCUGCCCUUGUGUGGAAAUCAGAUAGAAAGAUUAUAUUGCUCUAACUGGUCUAUAGUGAAGCUGUCCUGUGUCAACACAACUCUUAACAAUGCUGUAGGUUUUUUCAUUUCAUCCACAGGUUUAUUUCUACCCCUGUGUUUCAUUUUGUAUUCGUACAUGAAAAUUCUUAUUGUUUGUCAAAAAAGCUCCAAGGCAUUCAAAAAGAAAUCUUUGCAAACUUGCCUCCCACAUUUAGUAACACUGGUGAACUAUUCAAUAACUAUCUUAUCUGAGGUAACUUUAAAUCGAUUUGAGACUAAAGAUAUGCUCACGACAGUGGCUGUCAUGUUGUCACUGGAGUUUAUCAUAAUUCCCCCAUUUCUAAAUCCCCUCAUUUAUGGCCUUAACUUGCCAGAGAUUCGAAAAAGAAUCAUGCAUUUAUCCUGCACUUUGUGCUGUAAGAGGAAUGGGAGGGUUUUGACUCAGUCUGUCCUGUAA